AUGACGGAGACCUCCGGGGCCCUCCCAGGGGAAACUGCGCUCUCAGGGGCCCAAUUCGAGGCGACGGCGCCCCCAGGGGAAUUCUCAGAGGUAGCAGCAUUCCCAGGGUACCUCUCAGGGGCAACGACGUCCACAGGGGCUCUUUCUGUCCCCAGGGUUCCUCCAGUGACAGUUCCCCGUGGGCCCUUCCAUUUUGCCCUACCAUAUGCGACAGCUUCAGGGGCUCUCCCAGGGGGGUUGGCGCUCCCAGGGGCCCUACAAGGGGCCCUGUCAGGGGCUGCGAUGCCCCCAGUGGUCCUACCAGGGAUGGUGGCGCCCCCACAAGCCCUCCCAGAGGUGGUUGCGCCCCCAGCGACCCUCCCAAUGGCGACCUCGCUCCCAAAGGCUAUCCCAGGGGCGACGGAGGUCCCCGGGGCCCUCCCUGGGGAAACUGCGCCUGCAGGGGCCCACUUAGGGGCGAUGGCAUCCCCAGGGGAAUUCCCAGAGUUAGUUGCGCUCCCAGUGCACCACCCAGGGGCACCGGUGCCCCCAGGGGCACUCCCAAUGAUGGUGGCAUACUUAGGGGCUCUUCCAGGGGCGGUGUCGCCCACAAGGGCCCUCCCAGCUGCAGUGGAGACCUCAGGGGGCCUCUCAGGGCUGGUUGCACCCUCAGAGGCCUAUCAAGGGGCAAUGACGCCCCCAGGGGCUCUUUCUGUCUCCAGGGUCCCUACAGUGACAGUUCCCCCUGGGGCCUUCCCAUUUGCCCUGCCAUAUGCGACAGCUUCAGGGGCUCUCCUAGGGGGGUUGGUGCUUCUAGGGAACCUAUAA